GGGAGUAGAUGCUGCAGACUUGGGGUUUAAAGAAAUGGAACCUGAGAACGUCAGUGAAUUGUCCAGGACCACCCAGUUUGUAACAGAGCCCGUAGGACAACACAGUGCAGUUCACUCUCUCACAGUUGAACCUUCACAAUUCUCUACACUCUCCCAGGAGCCACAGAAAAUGAAUAAAUCUCAGGCAUCAGUGUCAUUCAAGGAUGUGGCGGUGGAGCUGACCCAGGAGGAGUGGCAGCACAUGGGCCCUGCUCAGAGGACCUUGUACAGAGACGUGAUGCUGGAGAACUACAACCACCUCGUCUCAGUGGGGUACAACUUUACAAAACCAGAAGUCAUCAUCAAGUUGGAGCAAGGAGAAGACCCAUGGUUAUUAGAGGAAGAAUUUCUAAACAAGAAUUCCCCAGAAGUCUGUCAACUUGAUUACCUCUUAGAGACUUGCCGGAAAAACAAAGACAACCAUUUGUGGCAAAUUUUGUUGACCAACAGCAACAUAUCGACUACAGAGGAAGAGAAACAUUCAAAAGAACCAUGUGAUCCGGGCAUUGAAAGUUAUCCUUCAAGAAAAUUGUACUAUAAAUGUGACACCACAGUCCCUACUUCUAUGGGUCUCAUACCAUUGAAUCUACAUUUUAAUUCUUCAAGACAGAAGGAUGGUGAGCUUACUGUAUGUGAGAAGUGGCACAUUAGGGAUGAGAGAACAUAUAUUGAAGAACAAUCUUAUGAAUAUAAUAAAAAUGUGGAAGUUAGUCAUAAUAAGGACGUUAUUCAGUAUCAGACAAUUCAGACUUUGAAGCAAGCUUUUGAAUAUGAUGAACAUGGAAAACCUUUCCAUAAUGCGACUGCCCUCAUUACACCUAAGAGUGCCCACACAAAAGGAAAAUCUUAUACAUAUAAUAAAUUUGGAAAAAACAUAUAUCGUAAAUCAACCCUUCCUCCCUCACAGAACAUUCUCUUAGAGGAGAAGAAUAAUUAUGGAUUUAAUGGUUAUGAAUGUAAUGAAAAUGGGAAUAAUUUCAGUGGGAUCACUCAUCUUCAGAGAAUGGACACAAGAGGGAAAAUUUUCAGCCAUAAGCCACACUUCAGAGAACAUCAGAGAACUCAUAUAGAAGUGAAACCCCUUGAAUAUGGAAAAAUCUUCAGCAAUGAUUCAGCAGUUACAGUACACCAGACAACUCCCACAAUGGAGAAUUCUUGCGAUUAUAACACAUAUAGGGAAAACUUCAGUUCCCAGUCAGCCUUCACUGUACAUGAGGGAACUCAUAUAAGGGCAAAACCCUAUGAUUGGAAUGAAUGUGGAAAAUCUUUUACAAAGUCAUACUUCAUUUUACAUAAGAGAAAUCAUAUAAGUAAGAAAACCUACGAAUGUAAUGAAUGUGGAACAGUUUUCCUCUGGGAAUCAUACCUUAAAAUGCAUCAGAGAAUGCAUGCAGGGAAGAAGAACCCCUAUGAAUAUAGUGAAUUUGGUAAUGUUUACAAGAAGUCAUAUUUUAGAGAAAAUCGGAGAACUUACACAGAGGAGAAACAAUAUGAAUGUAACAAGUGUGGAAAAUCGUUUUGUAAAAAGUCACUCCUCAUUCUUCAUCAGAGGACUCACACAGGGGAGAAACCCUAUGUAUGUUUUGAAUGUGGCAAAGCUUUUAGCCAGAAAUCAGGCCUACGAAAACAUCAGGGAACUCAUACAGGGGAGAGACCCUAUGAAUGUAUUGAAUGUGGGAAAGCUUUCAGACAGAAGGCAGGCCUAAUAAUACAUCAGAGAAUUCACACAGGGGAGAAACCGUAUGAGUGUAAUGAAUGCGAGAAAACAUUCACCCAUAAAUCACACCUCAGGGUACACCAGAGAACUCAUACAGGUGAAAAACCCUAUGAAUGUAAUGAAUGUGGAAAAAUUUUUAGCCAUAAUUCAAGCCUCAGAGACCAUCAGAGAAUUCACACAGGGGAGAAACCAUAUAAGUGUCAAGAAUGUGGAAAAAGUUUUGGCGAUAAGUCAACCCUCAUACUACAUCAGAGAACUCACACAGGGGAGAAACCAUAUAAAUGUGAUGAAUGUGGGAAAACUUUCAGCCAGAAGUCACACCUCAAUGGACAUCAGAGAAUUCACACAGGGGAGAAACCCUAUGAAUGUAAUGCAUGUGGGAAAACUUUCAACCUGAAAUCAGGCCUAAGAAAACAUCAGAAAACUCACACAGGAGCAAAACCCUAUAAAUGUGAUGGCUGUGGGAAAUUUUUCAGCCAAAAAUCAAACCUCCGAGUUCAUCAUAGAAUACACACAGGGGAGAAACCUUAUCAAUGUGAUGAAUGUGGGAAAACUUUCCGCCAGAAAUCUAACCUUAGAAGUCAUCAGAGAAUUCACACAGGAGAGAAACCGUAUCAAUGUAAUGAAUGUGGAGAAGCUUUCACUGUGACAUCAGGUCUAAGAAGUCACCAGAGAACUCACAGGAGGAAGCGCUAUGAAUGCAAUGAAUGUGGGAAAACUUUCAGUCAGAAAUCAUAUGUUAGAGACCAUAACAAGACUCACAUAGGAGAUUAAACAUGAACGUGGGAAAACUUUUAAUUAGAAGUCAUAUCUCACGAUAUAUCAGACACGAGAGAAAUUGUGAGUGCAAUGAAUGUGGGAAACAUUUCAACAAGAAUUCAAGAUUUAGGAAAGAUUUCGAAUUUGCACACUGGAGUAGUCCUAUGAAUGUAAUGCUCACAGUUCCUCCACAAGAAAUUGGCCCUCACUAAACAUCAGAGAACUUACACAGAAGGUAAACUCUUGAAAUGUACAUGGACAGUUUUUCAGACAGAGUUCAGUCUUCACUGGAUAUCAGGGAACUCAAGAGAAUGUCAUAAAAAUAUGCAGACUUUCUGGCAGAAAUGAAACCUCAUUGAGCGUCACAGAAAUCUCACAGUGAAGGAAACUUAGAAGGUAAUAAAUUUGUUGGCCAAAAGCCAACUUUCUCAGUGUGACAGAAAAUACAUAGUAUAUCAGAAUACACACAAAAGAAACCUUAUGUUUGGGAAUAGAUGUAGGAAAUACUCUUAACAGGGAUCAACCCUAACCUUGACUUACACAUAGGUAAUUUCCAUGUGGUAUAUACUACUUUGUCACCAUCUUCCAAGGGCCACUCUUAGUCUAAAUUUCUCAACCACUCUUUCAUCCAAGUGGGAUCAUUUUACCAGUUCCUGGCUAGUCACUUUGAGGACCGAUGUGCGCCUGACGCAAGCCAUUGUACUUUCAGUCACCUCGUGUGCAUGUGAAAGCUGGACAAUGAAUAAGGAAGACCAAAUAACUGAUGCCUUUGAAUUAUAGUGUUGGUCAAGAAUAUUGAAUAUA